AGACCUCGUUAGCGUCAUGGAGUCCUGCUGCCUGGAGAAUCUCGCCGUCCUAUACCAGAGCCCAGACUUCCUGGUGGUGAACAAACACUGGGACGUUCGCAUCGACAGCAAAAUGUGGUACGAGAAGCUGACGGUACAGAGCCAGCUAAAGCAUCGCUUCCCGGAGCUGGCGGAUCCCGGCACGUACUACGGAUUCCGGUUCUGCCACCAGUUGGACUUCUCCACCAGCGGUGCGCUGUGCGUGGCCCUCAACAAGGAUGCUGCGGGAAGGGCCUACAAGUGCUUCAAGGAGCGGACGGUGACCAAGGCGUACCUGGCUCUGGUUCGAGGCACGGUGCCUGAAAAACACGCGGCAAUUGCGUUAUCCAUCGGAAAGAACACUCGGGAAGGCUUCACCCACAUGAUGUGCGUGGAAGGAACCGAAGGUUGCGAGAACGCGAAGCCCUGCCACACAGACCUGGUCGUCUUACAGCACGGAUCGUACAAAGGAGAUCCCGUCACCAAGGUCCUGCUCCAGCCUCUGACCGGAAGGACUCACCAGCUGAGAGUUCACUGCAGCGCUUUGGGUUAUCCCAUCGUGGGGGACUUCACCUACAGCUUUAAGAAGGACACCGACCCGUAUCGAAUGAUGCUGCAUGCCUACUACCUGCGAAUCCCUGCCGACCCCGAGCUCGUAGAAGUCACAGCCCCGGACCCCUUUCAGCCCGAGUCGGAUCCCAAUUGGGUGCCGGUCCACACGGUCCGCCAACUGAGCGAGGCAAUGAAAGACCUGAGGGACCGGGCAUGGGAGUCUGAAAGCGACAGGAGAAGACACGAGAUGGAAAGCGCUCAGAAGAAAGCAGAGGAAAUCCCAGAGACGGAACAGCAUAGAGCCCUCUGCCGGCAGUGGUUGUCGGAGUGGGCAUGCGAAUAA